GAACGCACCCAAACUGCCCAAACGUUCAAGCAAGCUCAUUGGCCGCGUUAUUUAAAAGUCCCGGCACGCUCUUUUUCGUCGAGUUUGUUGGGGUUCGUCUUAUAAAGCGCAAAAACUGAGGGGCAGAACGCACACCGAGCGCUUUUGAGUUUGCCACAUCGAAGUGCCGGGUGUCAGACCCCUCCUUGAAAACGUCCGCCCCCGAUCUCAAACUGGGGUUAUUUUCUCUAACCGCCUUCCUCGCUUCGCACUUCUCGGUUCAAAUGACUGAUUCUGGAGACUCUAUCGUUUGCAAUGCAGCCAGGCCGUCUGCCAGGAGCGGAGCGUGCGUGCUUUCUAGCACCGCCACCGACGCAGACUCGGAGUCUCUGCCGAGCUCGAGCCAGGUACGGGAGGAGCCCUCCCUGCCCGCCACCCCCACCAAGCCAGAAUGGGAGUGGACCCCCUUCGAUGUGGAGCCGGCGCAACUCACUCUGCCCUCGUGCUCCCCGUCAAUGUUCGUGUCCAUGACCCAAGCGAGCCCCGGCCACAAGCAACCUUUCCGCUGGUCCAUCGACCAGAUGGCUGUGCUUUGGCCGGCAAACAUCGACGAAGAGUCUAGUCACAUACACCGGGAACAGGCGACGAGAAACGACGAGCUGUACGAGGAGAAGUCUCAACAGGCGAUCGAGGCGUUCUUCUCGCGCCACGACAUUGUGCCUUCUCCAUGGGAACCCCAGGACCGCAGAACCCGGCUGACACGACGGCUACAGGACUCAGGUAGUGGAGAGAGGUUCUCUCUCCCACCCACCGUAGAGGAAAGGCGUCGUCACAAAACAGUUUGGAGCCAAACAGAUUUGAGCAUACCCCCAGACGCGGACAUCACGGCCGCCCUUGCCCAGUACUUCACCUUCGAUCGCAGCCAAGAACACCAAACGGAUUUGAACUGUCCGGCUUCGAAUCCAAACAGCACAAGGGACUCCAUGAGGCGAAAGCUCUUCUGCAACGCCGUCGAAAAUAGGGCUCGCACUCCGGAAAGGACGGGCAGUCAAAACAUGAGCGUCUGUUCAAGUCCCAUUCCCCUGGCAGAAGACAAACUGGAUCCCUGCAUCACGCCUGUUCUGCUUAACAUGUGCUCGAGUCCCAUCGGCCGAGUGCGCUGCAGCGAAGGCAGCACUCCAGACAGCGAGGGCAUGCAGUUGUCCCCCAUUUGCAGGCAGCGAAGUGUCAGGAACCCUGGGACACCCUUACAGCGGAAUCUCUUUGGUGUGGAGACGCCCAAGCUUUCAUUCAUUCGAACGGUCUCGACCGUCACCAGGAGCGGCCGAUCGGCGUCGUCCCGAAGGGCUUCCCUCAUCCAGUCGAUCGGCAUCUCCAAUGAACAGGACGCGAUGGCAACCAGCCCGUGCCGGCCCGCCUUGCCCGACAACCUAGAGUCCAACAAGAGUGACUCGGCAUCCUGUUCCAACUCCGACGAGAUGGCGACCGGCCCGGACGCCUCGUCGUGCCACGACGAGCUCUUUUGACGCGUGCUCUGCCUAGACCAUCUCAACAAAACGGAAUGUGGAAGAUCUCGUGCCUACGUGGACUCUCAUAGAGACGUUUCUUGCCGGCGACCGAAAGCUUUCGAGAAUGCAAUCCUACAUCGCUAGCUUCUACCUCAAGGGGUCCUAAGCCCGGCCCCACACAUUUCCGUUUGAAGUGUGACCGACCGCCUUGCAACCAUGUACAACAAGAGAACUUGCUGGCACCAUCUGUCGGGUAUCCCUGGCACACUUCCAACCCGUGUAUUGCUAGACUGAAGGUUUGCCAGUAUUUGCAGGAUCAGGUCUACGCACUAUUCAUGAGAAACAAUCAUGUACAACAUUGUCAGAAUUAUUUCACGCACACGGUGGAAGAAUGACGCACAAAAUACGAGCAAAUCGGAUGUGUUCCGGGGCCACCCGAUAGAUGGCGCCAGCACGUUCUCUUAACGUGAGCAGUCGACCACACUCAAACCUUAAUGUGCGGACCGGACCUUAAAACGACUCAAUUUUACAAGUAGUCGCUCACUGCAACUGCUUCCGGACGUUCUGCCUUUAAAUGUUGUUGAGCAUCCCGAGCUUUGAGGCAGGACGUGCAAUCAAAACGCUGCAGAACAGGCGAGAGGCUCAUGUUGAAGGCGGGACAACCGAAACCUUGUCAGUGGUUGCCGUGCCUUUGGCAUGUCCUUUGUUCUAUAGUAGUGUGGAGAGUACUUAGAUUCUAAUUGUGCGAGAGGAACUGAAGCACCCCUUUGAACGACUCUGCAUGUCUGAGCAAGAAGUUGUGUUAAGUUUUUAUUUUCUUUAACCUACGACGAGUCAUAAUGCCGAAACAAAAAAAUAAUAAACAAAUCGGCAAUGGCUAGAGGGGUCUUAGUACUUACCACCAUUCCACAUGUGCCAAGCUAAUUUGAGGCGGAAUAACGAUCGGUUCCUGAAAUGACGAGCGUGCCCGUUGCUUGUCGCAUCUUGCUAACGGCCUGUAUCCCGAAAUGCGAUGUUCCAACCGUCCCUCAACUAUUUUUGUGUCUGUUCCAGAGCGUUUCAUUGCUGCCCACCCAGCCAUUCCCAAUCACUGCCACAACCAUCCCAUCUAGAACCAUGCAUGUUUUAAUAUGACAAAGCACAUUCAUGUAAUAUACCGUGUAUAAAGAGGUUUUAAAUUGUCAA